ACGCUCUGCCAUACCGACAAGCGCGCGCGCUCAUCCUUUUCCUCCCGCCUCCUUUUCUCGGCUGAGCUGCUUGAGCGGCACUGGGGAGGCUCAGGCGUGACGCUCGGGGACGCGCGCGCCCUUGGCUUGUCUGUACGGGAUCUUCCCUCUUCCAUGCUUGCCGUAAUUGAAGGAGGCGAACCCGGGGAGAGGAGGGAGAAGCGCGUUCCCUACGGCCGCUGGCCUGGUCUUCGAGGCUGCCUCGACAUCUCCAGUGGUUUUUUGAAGUCCAAGGGACGAAAGUCGCUUAUUAAAACUGAAUAUUAACAAAGAUUGCACAACUGUAUUCAUACAACUGCUUCCAAAAAUCUCUUUUGAUAAGGAAGGAAAAGUUGAACUUGCGUUAAUUUCAGUUCAAGUUCCAUAAUGACUCUUGGAAUAAAGAUGGAAAGGAGCAAUCUCUAUGCAAGCAGAAUUCCCUUGGUUUUCUUUCUAUGUCAAAUUAUUAUUGCGCUGGAAGUACCUCCUGAUCCAAAACUUCUUGAAGAAUUGCCACAGCCUCCAACAAUAACUCAACAGUCUCCAAAAGACUAUAUUGUUGACCCAAGGGAGAACAUCGUAAUACAGUGUGAAGCAAAAGGAAAACCACCUCCUAGCUUUUCAUGGACACGUAAUGGAACUCAUUUUGACAUAGAUAAAGAUGCACGGGUAAAAAUGAAGUCCCAGUCAGGAACACUUACAAUAAAUAUUAUAAAUGAAGAAAACGGAGGAAAGGCAGAAGCAUAUGAAGGAAUUUAUCAGUGCACUGCAAGAAAUGAACGCGGAGCAGCAGUUUCUAAUAACAUUAUUGUACGCUCAUCCAGGUCCCCCUUAUGGACUAAGGAAACCCUAGUUCCAAUAAGAGUAAUUGAAGGUCAACAUGUAAUACUCCCCUGCAGGCCUCCAGUGGGAUUACCUCCACCUAUAAUAUUUUGGAUGGAUAACUCUUUUCAAAAGUUACCUCAGAAUGAUAGAGUUUCUCAAAGUUUAAAUGGAGAUCUUUAUUUUUCUAAUGUAAAGCCAGAAGACACGCGGGAAGAUUAUAUAUGUUAUGCAAGAUUUAAUCAUACACAAACUAUCCAACAAAAGCAACCCAUUUCUUUAAAGGUUGAGCCAGUGGAUUCAUUGAAUGAAACUAUAGCUGCUAAUAUGAGUGACUCUGAUUUUUAUGGUGCCACAGAAUUCAAAGAGAGACGUCCAUCUCUUCUAACUCCUACUGGUAUUGCAAGCAGCAAAACAGAGCUAAGAGGAAAUACCCUUAUGUUGGAGUGUAUUGCAGAAGGAUUACCGACACCAGUUAUCCGCUGGAUUAAAGAAGGUGGUGAUCUUCCUGCCAAUAGAACCUUCUAUGAAAAUUUUAGAAAAACUCUCAAAAUCAUAGAUAUUACAGAAGCUGAUUCUGGAAAAUAUAAAUGUUCAGCAAUAAAUCGAUUAAAUUCUGCUCACCAUGUUAUUACAGUCACUGUUAAAGGUAAAGUUUAUGUCAACUUGUUUAAAGGAGUGAAAGGUAGUAUUCUCCAGGGAGAACAAUAUGUUUUCCAUAACAAUGGCACCUUGGAAAUUCCUGUGGCCCAGAAGGAUAGCAGUGGUACAUACACCUGUGUAGCAGGAAAUAAAUUAGGAAAGAUACAAAAUGAAGUUCAAUUAGAAAUUAAAGAACCUACAAUGAUUAUCAAGCAGCCUGAAUACAAAAUGGUACAAAGGAAUGGGCAGGUUUCCUUUGAAUGUACAAUUAAAUAUGACUUUACGUUAAUACCCACAGUUACAUGGUUGAAAAACAGUGGUGAAUUACCGAAUGAUGAAAGGUUUAUUGUCGGUAAAUACAAUUUGACUAUUACGAAUGUAACUGAUCAAGAUGGUGGAACGUAUACUUGCCUAGCUAACACUACUCUGGACAGUGUUUCUGCAAGUGCUGUGCUUACUGUUGUUGCUCCUCCAACAGCUCCACCUGUUGUUUACGAUCAUCCUGAUCCUCCAUUUGAUUUGGAAUUGACUGACAAGCAAGAGAGAAGUAUUCAACUCACAUGGGUUCCAGGAAAUGACAAUAACAGCCCUAUCAUAAAAUUUAUAGUUGAGUAUGAAGAUGCCAUGCAUGAACCAGGGAUAUGGCAUUACCUUAUUGAUGUCCUUGGAAUCCAGACAACUGUACAAUUGAAGCUGUCACCAUAUGUUAACUAUUCAUUUCGUGUAAUAGCUGUCAAUGAGAUUGGAAUGAGUCAGCCAAGUGAUCCCUCUGAAAAAUACUUCACAGAAUCUGCAAAGCCAGAUGAAAAUCCAUCUGUCAUUCAAGGGAAUGGAUCAGAACCUGAUAAGUUGGUGAUUAUGUGGGAGCCAUUAAAACGAAUUCAGUCCAAUGGUCCAGGGCUUCAGUAUCAAGUCAGUUGGCGGCAAAAGGAUGUUGAUGAUGAGUGGACAUCUGUUACAGUUGCUAAUGUAUCUAAGUAUAUUGUGUCUGGUACACCAACUUUUGUUCCAUAUGAAAUAAAAGUACAGGCGUUAAAUGAGUUGGGAUUUGCCCCAGAACCUACAACAGCAAUUGGAUAUUCCGGGGAAGACUUACCAAUGGUUGCACCAGAGAAUUUGGAGGUACAUGUUGUAAAUAGCACCUUAGCAAAGGUGCGAUGGGAUUCAGUUCCACUAAAUCUUGUCCGAGGCCAUCUUCGGGGAUACAAUAUUUACUACUGGAAAGUACAAAACUUAUCUGGAAAAAGUAAGCGGCAUGUGGAGAAAAAGAUAUUGACUUUCAGUGGAAAUAAGACACAUGGGAUGUUACCAGGACUGGAGCCGUAUAGCUCUUACAAACUGCAUGUUAAAGUUUUUAAUGGGAAAGGAGAAGGACCAGCAACCCCUGACAAAAAGUUUACAACUCCUGAAGGAGUUCCCAGUGCACCCUCCUUUUUGAAGAUUACUAAUCCAAGUUUGGACUCCCUCACUUUGGAAUGGGGACCACCUACUCAUCCAAAUGGUGUUUUGAUAGGAUAUACACUGAAAUUUCAACCAAUUAAUAGCACACAUGAAUUAGGCCACGUGGAAGAGAUCAGUAUUCCAGCCAAUGAGACCACCAUGAUAAUAAGCAACUUAAAUUACAGCACUCGGUACAAGUUUUACUUCUAUGCAAAAACAUCAGUUGGAUCUGGAAGUCAAAUAACAGAGGAGGCAGUAACAAUUAUGAAUGAAGGUAAGAUGGGAUAUUCAGAGAACCAGUUUGAAACCUCCCGUAUAAUGCAUCCUGCCCACCCAACAUUUUAUAAGGUGCCACCAGUUAAUCCAAGGAUCAGAAAUGUUACUGCAGCAGCUGCUGAGACCUAUGCCAAUAUCAGUUGGGAGUAUGAGGGUCCAGAUCAUGAAAACAUUUAUAUUGAAUAUGGUGUGGCCCGCAGCAAAGAAGAAUUGAAAAAAGAAAAUGUAAAUGGUUCCCGAAGCUUCUUUGUGUUAAAGGGAUUAACACCAGGAACAUCAUAUAAAGUCCGGGUUGCUCUUUCUGGUGUUAGCAGUUCAGAGGCUGUAUUUGAGACAGGUCCAGCGAAGGCAAGUCGACAAGUUGACAUUGCAACUCAGGGAUGGUUCAUUGGUCUUAUGUGUGCAGUUGCUCUUCUCAUCUUGAUUUUGCUGAUUGUUUGUUUCAUAAGAAGAAACAAAGGUGGAAAAUAUCCAGUGAAAGAAAAGGAAGAUGCUCAUGGCGAUCCAGAAAUACAGCCUAUGAAAGAAGACGAUGGAACUCUUGGAGAAUACAGGUCCAUGUCUCGGUGGACAAUAAAAAUGGACAAAGGAAGAAAAAGAGAAUGUAGUGAAGUCUCCAAAGUUCCUGAAGCAGACCCUGUCUUUACCAAAUCAGAGUCUGUUUGGUCUGACAGAUCCAGCUUAUCUAGAAGGACAGGAGAUCAAUCCUUCAGCACAAACUCAGAGACCUUCCUUAGGAGAGUCAGGCACUCUUCAGAACAUUCAAAUGUUGAUUCCAUCUCCCCUUUGCUUUGUCAGAAAAAUAUAUCAACCAAAUGACAAUCUGAAGGUAAUUCUAGAUAUUACACUUCACCAACAGAACUGGAUGAAGGGUCAGAUUCUCAGGUAGGAAACAAAAAGGAAAGCAAAGAUACAUUAGAAUCUGCAUCCUUACUAGCAUAUAGAAAAAUCACAGAAACAUUGCAGCCAACUGUGUCUCUUGAAAGUGAUGCAGAUGACCACAAACCUCUAAAAAAAGGAAGCAGGACACCUUCAGACAGGACUGUGAAAAAAGAGGACAGCGAUGAUAGUUUAGUUGACUAUGGAGAAGGUGUCAAUGGGCAGUUCAAUGAGGAUGGCUCCUUUAUUGGACAAUACAGUGGUAAAAAAGAGAAAGAACCUGCAGAAGGAAAUGAAAGUUCUGAAGCUCCUUCCCCCGUCAACGCAAUGAAUUCAUUUGUUUAAAUAAAGGAAAAGCCAACAACUCUGCCCCAUUCCAACAUUUCCAUUAUUUUUUCAAGCACUUGUACAUUCUUCCCUGUUACUGAACAUGAAAGAUUCCAUUGUUCUACACCGCAGAAGUGUUUGCCUAGAGGUGAAAUGGUUAUACUAUAUAACAACAGUAAGUGGUAUGUUAGUAUGAGUAAGAAUGCAAAACAAAACAUUUUGCACAAUUUUGUUAAAUUAAUAAAUAAAAAGAGCAGCAACAACUAAGAAUAUUGAAAAUAACAGUAUAAUGCAUACAGAGUGCUGGAUAUUCAUAGACAGCUGGCUAUGCCACUGAAAAUCGUUUUGAUACUUUGUUAUGCAGUCCUCAAUACUGGAUAUUAAGUCAAUUUUCAUUGUCAGAGUGUUAUGGUAGUAUUAUAUAGAACUUCAAUGUCUUUGUGGACAUUGUUGUGAAAUUGGUAACUUAAUGUCUAGCUAUCAUUAUGUCUUUUUUUCAAGACAGUUAGGAACAGUAUGUACAGUAUAUGAUUGAUAAAUGACUUUAAGUACGACAUUUGCAUUUGCUGAUGCUUACUGCGACCCCAAUAUCUGCUCCUUGCUUGUCUUACUUUAUAGCCUUUCUUAUCUAUCAAGUAUUACCGCAGUACAGUGUUCUUUUUGGGAGGGGGGGACAUCCUAUGUAUGUUGUAUUUUUAGGGCAUAAUACAGUAUGCAUUGGAAUGCAUUUGGAUUUGUACAGCUGUGGAAGUGAAAUUUUAAAGUGAAAUGAAAAUGAUUCCAGAAACAUACAGGCAGAGUACAUUCAGUGCCUUCAAAUAAUGUGCAUUCCAUAAUGUACUAUAAUUGGGCAUAACCCACCUGGAAUUUUUCUUGUGCAAGUUGUACUGAAAUGAAGAGAAAUUUCAAAAGAACUCUUGUGCACCUUUAUGCAUUUUAGUGGGGCUUGGCAAGGAAAUGUAUCCAAUGGAUUGUAUCCCUGUCAGUUAGUAUAAUAGCAUAUGACUGAUUAACUGCCAUCAUUGCCAAAGUAAUCUAGGUUUUGUGUUUUUGUUAUUUCCCAAAUAAGGUAGAAAAAUGGUUGGUUGAAACAAAGAGUAUUUAAAGUUAUACAUUAAGGUUUCCUUUCUGUAAUAGAGAUGAAUAUUGCUGUGUAGAGAAGCUAAUGCCUUAUGCGGUUUCAGAGACAAGUGUCUGAAUUUGUACUUAAAAAACAAAUCAAAAAAUCUCCCAAUAAUAUAUUAAAAUCUCAGCUCACAACAGCACUCUUCCAAAAGUUGGAGUUCCAUUAAUUACUUAAUGGGAGGCAACUUUUAACAUGAUGCUUGGCAUGAAGAGGCAUGUAGCUCACAAUACAGCCAUGGCAUUCAAUUUGAUAAGUAAGUUUAGUCACAAGGAUAGCCAUCUGUUAGAAAAUUGCACAUACACACACACAAUCUAUAUCACAAUCAUGGUUUACCUCCAAAUAUGAAAUUUUAUAUAACCAACCUAUGGUUGAAGGAAUGCUCAGUUUCAUUUGCCAAUAAAUUGGUUUUUCAUAACUUGCAUCAAGUUUAAUUUUAAGUAAGCUUUUGAUAUGUAGAUAUUUUGUUGAAUUUGUAAAUACACUUAAAGUGUAGAUGCUAUAUGAUUCUAGGUGUUACAAAUUAGAAUUCUUUUUGUUGUACUGUGUAAGAAGUACUCUAGCCAGUGCAUGGUAUUUUAAAGCAUCUACUAAAUAUUUAUGAAAUGAAAAUUUGGUAUAAUGAGAUGUUCUGCUUUCUGGCUGCAGCUUUUUAGGUCAUGUGUCAAUCAACUAAUAUCAGCUACUGUGCAGCUUCCAUUCAUUUUCUCUGAGCCCACAGGAGUCCGGGGUAAAUGAAUGGUGGUUGUACCAGCAGCAGUGCUUAGUUGCACCCAAUAUUAUUUGUGUGUCUGUGUAUCAGUAAUUGACACUGGAUCACAAUCCAGUUUUGCAGAUUUGAUUCACAGACAGUCAUUAAAGCACAAAUUUGCAUUAAUCACUUUAUAAGCAGCCCCAAGACAGGUCACAUAUUCACACAAGGCAGCAAAAUAAAAUAAAAUCGAUUGUAUAGCACUGAUUGGAAAGCACAAACAAGAAUAUGUUCCUACCAGAACUUGCCAACAAUAUUGGUGACAAGCAUACUUUUAUCCAUUAAGUAUAGAUGCUAAAUUUAUCCAUGCAUGUAACGAUACACAGAGAUCACUUCUGUAAUAGUGCAACACAUUUUGUAUGAAAAUAAAUGUGGUUUUAAAAUUUCA